UGACUUUGCUCUCGAAAAAAAAUGCCCACUCACGAUCCAUAGAAUAAUUUACAUUGAGCGCCAUGUUAAUAAUAAAGCAGAAAGAGUGACAAUCAUUUCUCUUGACUUCGUAUCGUAUGCGAUAUUCUCGAGUCAAAAAGAAAGGAACAAGCGACGAGGGAGGCACGAAAACAAGAAGAACGGUGACAAAAAAGAAUCGACAGCAACGCCUAUUAAUUAUUGUCCCGGUUUAUAUACGGUUGAAGGUAUACGCGUGAUAUACGAGUGACACCCUCACACGUUGAUCAGUCACCAUGCAAGCGGAACACCACUUGGACAUAUCGAUAAACUUGUCGACAUUUUUCUUGAAGAACAUCGGGGUAUGGAUAUCCCAUGAUCCUAGUGAACGACGUCGGAUGAGAAUGCUGCUCGCCUGCACUGUUUGGAUGUUGUUGCUCGGUAUAGUCAUCAACGCUAGAGAUUUGUACUUCGCAUUGUUGUAUAACGGCGAUAUUCUUUAUGUUGUGACGAAUAACAUAACUUUGAUAAUAAGUUUAGUGAAGAUGUGCAACAUAAUAAUGUAUAAAGGGAAAUUUUUAAAUUUAAUCGUGAACAUGCAACAAAAUUUCUGGAACGUUAACUACGAUUAUCACGAAAAAGAAAUUUUGGAUGAUUGCAAGAAAAUUUGCAUUUUUUUCAUCUCCUCUGUUACCACCAUUGCCAUAUGCGCCAUAAUAUCCUAUCUAAUGACACCGUUCGUUGCACAAAGUGGAAACAACGAAUCGGAGAGAAUGUUUCCGUUCGAUAUAUGGAUAAAUUUGCCACUAACAAGGACGCCUUAUUACGAGAUAAUAUUUUUCAUCCAAGCAAUAUGUUUGUAUUACAUUGGAAUCUCGAGUUUUUGUUUCGACAAUAUUUUCUGCAUCAUGGCGGUACAUUUGGCAGGGCAAUUUCGCAUACUUCGACACAGGCUUACGAAAUUGUGCGACACAGAGAAUGAGAUACGAAAAAAGGAUUCACAAUCGACAUUGGCAAAACAGAUGUACAAAUUUUACGAGCAAUUUAAGGAAUGCGUCAGACAUCAUCAGGCGUUGAUCAAAUACUGUCAAAAUCUUGAAAACGUGUACACCAUGAUUACGCUUGGACAAGUGUUGGUAUUCAGUGUAUUAAUUUGCCUGUUCGGAUACCAAGUGUUAGUGGCGACUGCUUCGUUCGCGAGACGCUCCAUUUUUGUAUUCCUCUUAAGUGGCUCGAUGUUUUUAUUAUUUAUGGUCACCUACAGUUGCAAUGGCGUGAUAGAGCACAGUGAUAACGUGGCUGUGGGAGCUUACUCGGCAUUGUGGACGAUUAUACCGAUGGACAAAUUUGGGAGAAUGCUUCGAAAAGAUCUGAUAAUGGUGAUCAGGAGAUCCAGACGUGUUUGCUAUCUGACUGCGAAUGGAUUUUUCCCCGUGUCAUUGGAAACGUACACUAAGAUUUUGAGUACGGCUGUAUCGUACUUCACAUUGUUAAACAAUCGAAUAGAGAACGCAAAUUGAUUAUAAUUAAUAACAACUUUUUAACAAUAUUUUCAUUGACACGAAACGUCUCGAAUCGGAUGUUGCACAUUCAAGUCCAUUAUAAAUAACGAAAGGAUAAAAUAAAGGUGGACAAUUUUUUUGAAAUAAUAAAUAAUAAAUCGUUUCAUUUUAAUCAUUUCAAUUGUCAUAAAAUAAUAAGCACUGUUAAACUACGAAUUUGUGUGCACAUAUUUUUUUUAAGAAUACAAAGAAUAUUUUUUAAGAAUAUAAAAAAUAUUCCGUUAAGUAAAGUCGGAAAAAAGAAAAACAUGGAACAAAAAUCUAAUCCCAAUCAAUCGACUAAAUAAAGACCAAAUUUAUUUAUCGUAUAACAAGUAUGGAGUUUUGAAGCCAACAUUUUUUUCCAGAAAUAAAUAUAUCAAUUUAUUUAUUUAAAUACUAAUAGUUGUAUAACACGUAUACAACUGUUAUUAAAUCUCAAAUAUAUCCAAAUUAUUAAUAAAUUCUUACUCACAAUUCUUUCACGAAAUAAUUGAAUUUCCAAAUUUCAUUCUUACUAUCUUCUUCCACCAUUUGCACCAAUACAAAGCUCCAGCAAUAUUCCAUUCCAUCAUCAUCCUUUCUUAAAGUGUGAACAACAACAAUUGUCGAACACUUACUGUUCUCGAUCGAAACUUCUACUCGCUCUACUCCCUCAACGCUAUUAAUAAUACACAUUCCAUCUUCAAUAAUACAAUAGAAAGGGUGACAAUGAUUUUUUUCUCCACUUCGUUGUAAUAUUCCUGUCGAAAAAGAAAAGAACAAAGCGGCGAGGGAGAACCCUCCGAGGAAACGUGCGUGUAAAAACGAGACAAGAGAAAUCGACGAGCUAUCAACAACGCCUAUUAAUUAUUAUCGCGAUAUAUACUCGUUGGAAAUUGAGCGUGAGACGAUACACGGAUUGCACGUUGAUCGAUCACCAUGCAAACGGAAGGCCAGUUGGAUAUAUCGAUGAAUUUGUCGACAUUUUUCUUGAAGAACGUUGGAGUAUGGAUGUCCGAUAAUCCUAGCGAGCAACGUCAGAUCAAGAUGUUGCUCGUCAAUACAACUUGGAUCUUGUUGUCCGGUAUAGUCAUCAAUGGGAGAGAUUUGUAUUUCACAUUGUUGUACGACGGCGAUGUUCUUUAUUCUAUAACGAAUAACAUAACUAUGAUAAUGGCUUUGAU